CAUGACGAUGAUGGCUUUCAUUGUGCGAAUCGCUGCGAACAUGGGAAUCGCCAACAAGUUGUCUUCGUUCUACUCGAAUUUGAGCCAUCUGAAAAAGUUUCUUUCCGAGGAGAAAGUGACGAAGGAAUUGACCAAGAGGACGAUCGAUUAUUUUGAGUUUAUGUGGGCGAAAUCCAAGGGAACCAAUUGCAAGCUCUUCAAGAACGUGUCCGAUAGCAUUAAACAGGAUCUGGCGGUUAUCCUUUAUUCUAAAACGUUGUUGAAAGCGCCUCCUUUCUUGAACAUGGGCAUAGGCUUGAUUCGGAGGCUCGGAUUGAAUUUCAAUGAGGUGUACGUGUUGGAUAACGUUUAUAUGAUCCUCCGCAACGACAUCGUGAACAAGCUGUACAUAGUGAACAAAGGUAUAGUGGCCCUUUAUACGGCCGAUGGGAGUUUCCUCGAGCUCUUGGGAAAGGGCAGCAUGUUCGGUAACAUCGAUGAAGUCGAGAUGAGCAGGAGCAUGGUUUCCGUGCAAGCCAGGACCAACGUUGUGCUGCUGGAGAUCGACACGAUACUCUUCUACAAGCUGCUGGAGAACGAUCCGGAAUGCAUCGCCAGGAUGAACUACCACAUCAUCGGUAAAUCUCUGUCGCAUAUAACGAGCAGCACCAACUGCAACAUAUUCAAGCCUACGAGGAGCAGAAUCAACGUGUUCUUCGAAACGUUGAUCUGGAUGGAAUCGUCGAUGGCCAUGGAGCUGGCGUUCGCGAUGCUCUCCUUCGUCACGAUAACCUUCUACAUGAUGUUCAAGAUGAACGUGUACGUUAAAGCGCUGAUCACAUUGUUCGACGUCAUCUUCGCGUUGAAGAUCUAUGUCAACUUGAGGCACAUCAAUAUUGUGUACAAGCAACAGCAGCGCGCUCGCAGAAAGAAGAUGACACGUUUUCCCAUAAAGAGUUUCCUCUUGGAUUUACUCUCGAUCCUACCGUUUGAGGCUUUAGCCUAUUUUUUCACCGGCGAUUUACGCACUAAAUUAUUCACGUUCCUCCACAUCAACCGUUUGCUUCGAAUGUUCUACAUAUUCAGGUAUUUUAAGGAGGUGGAGCAGUUCAGCAAUCACAUGAUUUUGGAGAAGCUGAUUGCAAUUACCUCAUACAUCAUUUUCGUCAUACAGGGCGGCGCUUGCAUAUUUUUCUUGACCGCCAAACUGUCGGAGACGUAUCUGCAUAAGAAAUCCUGGCUGAGCAGCAAGAACUGCAACGACCCUUACAUCUGCAGCCUCUUCUACACGAUCACUACAAUAACGUUUCACGGACAUCCCUACAUAGUUCCUCAUUCUCCUACGGACAUGAUCGUCUGUAUAGUCUUCAGCACCGGAUGCAAGUACAUCUUCGCGACGAUCAGUGGGUUCAUCUUGAGCUUCUACGCGCACAUCAAGCUCUCUCUGAACCUGUACAAUCAGCUGGUCGAGAAAUUACUCACCACGCUGAUGAGGAGCAACAUCUCGAAGAAGUUGAUUCACAACGUGACGAAGUACACGCACCAAAUUUGGAUACAGAACAACGGUCAACAGAUGCCCAAGUUCUUGACGUUGGCUCCUAGCUGUGUCACCGAUUACGUCAUGAUGGAGAUCUACGGGAAGCAUUUGAUCAUGAAUCCCAUAUUCUGCAAUUGUCACGUCGACUUCUUGAGGCAACUGUCUUCGAAGCUGCAACUCACCAAUUACUUCGCCUCAGACGUCAUCUGUCACGCCGGAGAGGUCAACUCGACGAUGUAUUUUAUUCAGUCGGGUCAGGUGGAAGUUUUGGACAUCGAAGCCUCCGACGAAAUCGUCAUCGACAUACUCGGCAAAGACGACUGCUUCGGAAUUGUGCAGGGCUUGAUCAAUUGCGCGAAACACGUCCACACGUUUCGCGCUUCGCACAUAUGCAAGAUUUUAUCGUUGGAGUACAAAGUUUGGGAGUUUCUGCUUCCGUUCUUUCCCGCCUCGAAAUACACGAUUUACGAGUCUCUGGAGAACAUAACGAACACAUUGCAGCCCAACCGGUGAAUUUUAAUACAAUAUUUAUCAUUUUACUAUAUAAAUAUACGAGAUUUCGUUUUGAAUCUUCCAAAAUUCUGACUGGACUAAUCAUCUUUAUUUAAAACAUAUUACAGAAAUACAAACCGCGCGUUUUAAGAACGGGGCUAAAUGUGGGCAAGACAGGUUUGCAUCUGGAUUAAAAAAGAGAGUGCUUAAAACACAUAUAUAUAGAUAUAUAUA